CUUCGGCGGAAAGAGCCGACAAGAGCCGACGUUAAGCGAAGGCGGCGGCGCCCGAGUUUCCCGGAUGUAGUCGGACGGCGGUAGUGUUGGGAGCAGUGAGGAGGGGGGGGCGGCAGGCAGGCAGCGAGCGAAGGCGGACGGCGGCGGCGCCGGGGGAGUCGUCGUCGUCGUUGUCGCUUCCCGCGCUCCUCCUCCUCCUCAGUGUGUUGUGCGGCGGCGGCGUCUCCCUUUCUGGCUGGUGCGGAGAGGAGAUGGGCCCAUGAGCGCCGCUCCCCCCCACAGCCGAGCUGCCUGAGCCGCCCCUCCUCCUCCUCCUCCCUCCCUUCCCCUCCUCCUCUUCCCUGGCCCCGGUCGGAGCGCUGCUUCCCCCUCCCCUCUCGGCGGCGCCCGUGGCCCGGCCGCGCCCUCCUGGUCCCCUCAGUCUCUCACACACAGGCCGGGCAUUGAUGGUAAUGUAUGCGAGGAAGCAAAGACUCAAUGAUGGCUGUCACGACCGCAAGGGGGACUCGCAGCCCUACCAGGCUCUUAAAUACUCAUCAAAGAGUCACCCCAGUGGUGGUGAUCACCGGCAUGACAAGAUGCGAGACACCACAGAUCCUUCACCACCAAAUAAAAUGUUGCGGCGAUCUGAUAGCCCUGAAAACAAAUAUGGUGACAACACUGGCCACAGUAAAGCUAAAAGCAUGCAUACUCACAGAGUUAGAGAGAGAGAUGGUGGGACCAGUUAUUCUCCACAAGAAAAUUCUCAUAACCACAGUGCUCUUCAUAGCUCAAAUUCACAUUCUUCUAAUCCUAGCAAUAAUCCAAGCAAAACUUCUGAUGCACCCUAUGAUUCUGCAGAUGAUUGGUCUGAACACAUUAGUUCUUCUGGUAAAAAAUACUACUAUAACUGCCGGACAGAAGUUUCACAGUGGGAAAAACCAAAAGAAUGGCUUGAAAGAGAACAGAGGCAAAAAGAAGCAAGCAAAAUGUCUGUCAACAGUUUUCCAAAAGACAGGGAUUACAGAAGAGAGGUGAUGCAGGCGACCACUGCUAGUGGGUUUGCUAGUGGAAUGGAGGAGAAGCAUUCCAGUGAUGCCGCGAACAUGCUCCCACAGAAUAUUUUGUCUCAGACAAGUAGACAUAAUGACAGAGACUACAGACUGCCAAGAACAGAGACUCACAGUAGUUCUGCCCCUGUGCAACAUCCCAUCAAAACUGUGGUUCACCCAUCUGCUACCCCAAGUUCUGUACCUCCUAGUCCAUUUUCUCUACAGUCUGACCACCAGCCAAAGAAAUCAUUUGAUGCAAAUGGAGCAUCUUCCUUAUCUAAACUGCCUACACCCACUUCUUCCAUCCCUUCUCAGAAAACGGAAAGGAAAAGUUUAUCAGAAUCUGUCUCCAUGGACAAGUCUCUGACCCUCUCAUGCACAACUCCUUCCACAUCGUCUGCUUCUGGACUGAAUCCAACUUCCGCACCAACUUCAUCUACUUCUGCAGUCCCUGUUUCACCUGUCUCUCAAUCGCCAAUUCCUCCAUUGCUUCAGGACCCAAAUCUUCUUCGACAGUUACUACCUGCCCUUCAAGCCACCUUGCAACUUAAUAAUUCUAGUGUAGAUAUAUCAAAAAUAAAUGAAGUUCUUACAGCUGCUGUGACACAAGCCUCUCUGCAAUCUAUACUCCAUAAAAUUCUCACUGCUGGACCAUCUGCUUUUAAUAUAACUUCCCUAAUUUCUCAAGCAGCACAGCUUUCUACACAAGCUCAGCCAUCUAAUCAGUCCCCAAUGUCUUUAACAUCGGAUGCCUCAUCACCAAGGUCAUAUGUAUCUCCAAGAAUAAGCACGCCUCAGACUAACACAGUUCCCCUGAAGCCUUUGAUGAGUACACCUCCUGUAUCCUCACAGCCAAAGGUUACUACUCCAGGUGUUAAGCAAGGACCAGUUUCACAGUCAGCAUCUCAGCAGCCGGUGAUUGCUGACAAACAAGGUCAUGAACCUGCUUCUCCACGAAGUCUUCAGCGUUCAAGUAGUCAGAGAAGUCCAUCUCCAAAUCAUACCUCCAAUACAAGUGCUUCAAACACGACAGCACCACAGAAUGCAUCGACGCGGCCUACGUGCUCAUUAACUCCCACGUUAGCAGCACAUUUCAAUGAAAAUCUUAUAAAGCAUGUCCAAGGAUGGCCUGCGGAUCAUGCAGAAAAACAGGCAUCAAGAUUACGUGAGGAAGCUCAUAACAUGGGAAGCGUCCACAUGUCAGAAAUUUGUACUGAAUUAAAAAACUUAAGAUCUUUAGUUCGAGUAUGUGAAAUUCAAGCAACUUUGCGUGAGCAAAGGAUACUAUUUUUGAGACAACAGAUUAAAGAACUUGAAAAACUAAAGAAUCAGAAUUCCUUCAUGGUGUGAAAAGUUGUGAAUAAUUGCACAUGGGUUUUGAGUACAGGAACUGUAAACUGGUUGCUCAGUCUUAACAUUUUUGAGCUGCAUUUGAGUAGACUUUGGACCGUUGAGUUGGGCAAAAGAAAAAAAGUGACACGGGAAAGGGGACAGGAGGGGAGUCAUUCAGGGGAAGAAUACAAGAAUGAUUUGUAAAACCCUUGAAAUGUAGAUUUCUUGUAGAUGUAUUCUUCACGUUGUAAAUAUGUUUUGUAGAGUGAAGCCAUGGGAAGCCAUGUGUAUCAGAGCUUAGACAUCCAAAACUAAUCAAUGCUGAGGUGGCUAAAUACCUAGCCUUUUACAUGUAAACCUGUCUGCAAAAUUAGCUCUUUUUUAGUUAAUUUAUCAUUCAGAAAUCUUGCAUUUUCUAAAAUUAAUGCAAGCGCCAGGCGAUCUGUGUGUCAAGGCUGCAACAGUUUGAAACAGUUUGGGUAAUGUACAAAAUAUCAUGAAACAACUGUUUCCACACUUGCACCGAAUCAAGAGCAGUGCUUCUCCAUUUCUGUUUUACAGAGCAGCGUUUUUCAUUUUCUGUGUUCAUUUCCCCUGGAAAUCCUAGGUCUGAUUUUAUCAGUUUUUUUUAAUUCUUCUAAUUUUCUCCUUUCCUAAAGCACUGUUGCUAUGGCACUUUUCUAUAAUCUUUUCAUUCCUGUGUACAGUAGCUUAAAAUUGCAGUGAUUGAGCAUAACCCACUUGUUUGUAUAAAUUAUUGAAAUGUAUUUCCAUUUGCACCCUGUAAGAAUGGACUGGUAGUACUGCUGGGCAUGUGUGCUGAAAGUACAUCCCUUUCUCAAAUUAUAUGGAAACAGCCCAAUGAACAUGUCGACUUGGUUGUGGGAGGGGAAAGAAGAAAUAAAAGCUAGUCAGAUGUGAAUUGUAUCUGUUGUAAUAAACAUGUUUAAAACAAAGAAACACUGGUUUUCAUUUCCUUUGGUCAAUACAUAUUAGAAUUUGGACUCUUUGGGGGUACUUUAUCAGAUCUAUUCUUGUUGAAUACUUUUUGUACUUAAUUGAAAAUAAUUCCUCAAGUGAGGUUUUGUUUAAAAAUUGUAAACAGGAAAUUGUGUAUAAAAUAUUUAAUGACAUUCAACAAGGAUCAUUGACGCCUCCCCAACAGUUGUCAUAUGUUAACUUCUGGUUUUACCUGUCUUGCUAUUAUGACAUUUCAUUUCGAAGGAUGUUUGUGUUGUAGCUAACUGGUGCUGACUGCUGUUCUUAGCCAUCACAAAACGCUGACUUUGUGUAAUUGGAGUGCCUCACUGUUCGAAAACAGUGGGAAAGCUCAGCUUUGUAUAUUGUUUCCUAAAGUAUAUUAAAAAUAAAAAAGAAACUAUUGCUACUACAAAAUAAA